AUGAUGAGGGAAGCCAUCGGUGGAGAGUUGGUCAAGUGGAAUGUAACAAGAUUUGGGACCAACUACAUGUUCCUUGAAAGCAUGUAUAAGAAGAAGGACCAGUUCAUGACAUGGUUAGUGUCACCUGAGUUCCGACGGUCCCGCCACUUCAAAAGUGAAACUGGAAGGUACAUUUACGAAUGCAUCACAAGUCUUGAAUGGUGGGCGAAUAUGGAGUAUGUGAUCAAUGAUGUUGAGCCUCUGUACAUGUUUUUGAGAUUUGCUGACACAGACAAGACACCUAAUUUGAGUGAGGUGACAAUGGAGUAUCAAAACAUGAGGCAGACAUAUGACAGCAAGUUCAGCAGUGACUACCCCUGGUUUGAAAAGAUCAUGGCUGUGAUAGAUGCAAGGAUGACCACAGUGAUGUCAGUCACAUAUAUGGCCACUGCUUGUGCUCUUAACCCUUAUGUGCAGUACAGUUUGGGCACAUCACAGAAAGUUAUGGCAGUAAUGCGCAAUGGCCUGGAGAAAAUGUUGGAUACUAAUUCAGCAGCAAUUGCAUUGCAAGAAUUUGAAAUAUUCAGGACGAAGCAAGGUGAGUUCUCUAGUGACAUUGCUAGGCGAAUGGCCAUUGACCGGAAAACUUCACCAGCUGCUUGGUGGGCUACAUUUGGGGGAGAUACACCAGUGUUGCAAAGGGUCGCCCGACGCUUGUUGUCGCAGUGUGCAGCCUCUAGUGGAUGUGAAAGGAACUGGAGCACAUUUGCUUACAUCCACACCAAACUGCGCAAUAGGUUGAGCCACCAGAAAUUGGACAAAUUAGUCUUUGUGAACUACAACCUCCGCUUGCGUCUGCAACGUGCUACUAGAGGGGUCGAUCCAUAUGACUAUGAUCCAGUUAGCAGUUUCAUGGAUCUUUCUUUGUACCGGCAGUCAUCAGCAAUUCAAGAUUGGAUGAAGCAAUCAAGGUCCAAUGGAGACCCAGCAUUUGAUGAAGACUCAGACUUCACUGACACUCCAUUGCCGAGCCAGAUGUUCACUGACAUAGGCUCUUUUCAUGGUCACGAUGAAGAUGUGGAGACAUGGGCCGAAGAAACAAUUGGGGACACACAUCUGGGAAAAAGGAAGACUAAGAUUGGUCCCGAAAUGAGAAAAGGGAAGAAACCACGCACUGAGGAGGAGUUAGGAGGAGCGAAUGAAAUGCUCUCAGAGACGGUCAAGGACAAAUUUGAUGCUGACAAAACUGACUUACGACGUGUAUAG